CUCUCGCACCCUCACUCUCAUGACUUAGUUCAGACUUCACACCCGUAUUGUCAACGACUACAACUACAAGAAUCAUUUUCUCCCCUUAGAAAACAGAAGGUAAUGUGAUAGUAUAUACUAGUGUACAACAUUCAACUUCUCCCAUCGCAUGCAUCGCGAAUUACCAAAGCUAGUUGCCAAUGGACUCUACAGGGAAGCCCUCUGGCUGUACACAAAACACCACUCUGCUUCUCUGGCUCCCAACAAAUUCACCUUCCCUUAUCUCCUCAAAGCCUGUGGCAGGCUCCAAUCACCCCACCUAGCCCAGAUGCUCCACACCCAUCUCAUAAAAACCGGUUUCGGUGUCGACAUGUAUGCUUCCACAGCUGUGGCGGACGUGUACAUGAAGCUCCAUCUCCUACGCGAUGCCCUCAAAGUGUUCGACGAAAUUACUGAGCCGAGCUUGCCUUUGCUCAAUGCGACAAUUUCUGGGUUCGCCAAAAACGGGUAUCACGUUGAAGCAUUGCAAAUAUUUGGGCAAGUUGGUUUGGGAAAGUUGAGGCCCAACUCUGUCACUGUGGCGAGUUUGUUGUCUCUGUGUGGAAGUUUAGCAGAUGGCCUUCAAGUACAUUGCUGGGCGGUUAAAUUAGGUGUUGAGACUGAGGUUUAUGUGGGUACAUCGCUUCUAACCGCAUAUUCGAAUUGGGCGGAGAUGGUUUCGGCAACUAAGGUGUUUAACGUGAUUUCCAAUCGGAAUGUAGUGAGCUACAAUGCCUACAUUACUGGGCUGCUGCAAAAUGGGGUCUUUAGUGUAGUUUUGGAUGUUUUCAAGGAAAUGAUGGGAUGUUCAACUGAAAUACCAAACCUAGUGACAUUGGUUUCUGUUGUAUCUGCAUGCUCAAGCCUUCUGUAUCUUCAAUUUGGUAGGCAGGUUCAUGGACUAGCCAGGAAAGCUGACAUGGCUUUUGAUACAAUGGUGGGAACCGCAUUUGUUGACAUGUAUUCCAAAUGUAGUCAGUGGAAAUGUGCUUAUGAUUUAUUCCAGGAGCUAAAUGGCAAUCGAAACUUAAUAACAUGGAACUCUCUGAUUGCCGGGAUGAUGUUGAAUGGUCAGAUCGAGUACGCAAUCAAGUUUUUCACGCAGUUGGAAUCUGAAGGACUGAAACCAGAUUCAGCGACUUGGAAUUCAAUGAUUAAUGGGUUUACGCGCCUAGGGAAGGAGGUUGAAGCUCUUAUGUUCUUCAGAAAGAUGCAAUCAGCUGGGGUAAGGGCAAGUUUGAAGUCUAUUACUAGUCUUUUACCGGCUUGUUCAGCUCUCUUUGCUCUGAGGUGUGGAAAAGAGAUUCAUGGGCACGCUAUUAGAACUGGUAUAUGUAAAGAUGAAUUCAUUGGAACCGCACUCAUUGACAUGUACAUGAAAUGUGGGCUGUGUCCUUUGGCACAGAGAACUUUUGAUCUAUUUGAUACAAAUACCAAUGAUCCCGCAAUUUGGAAUGCAAUGAUUUCUGGGUAUGGAAAGAAUGGGCAGUUUGAAUCUGGUUUUGAAAUUUUCAAUCAGAUGGUAGAAGAGAAAGUAAAACCAAAUUCGGUGACUUUCAACUGCAUUCUCUCUAUGUGCAGUCAUACAGGUAAAGUUGAGAGAGGAUGGGAAGUCUUUAGGAUGAUGAGUAGAGAUUAUGGCUUAAUCCCCGCCUCUGAUCACAUUAAUCGCAUUGUUGACCUCCUGGGUCGAUCUGGAUGGCUGGAUGAAGCUAGAGAAGUUUUACACGAAAUACCUGAGCCUUCUGCUUCUGUUAUUGCCUCCUUACUCAAUGCUUCCAUAUGUCACUCAGAUUUCAAGCUAGGAGAAGAAAUGGCUAUAAUGCUUUCAGAAUUAGAUCCAGAAAACCCAGCUCCAAUAGUGGUAUUAUCAAAUAUAUAUGCUGGGCAGGGAAGGUGGAAAGAUGCUGAAAGGGUUAGGAAGACGAUAGAUGACAGAGGACUAAAGAAAUUCCCAGGCUUAAGUUUGAUAGGAGUGGCAUAAAGGAGAACAUAUUUAUUGAACAAACCAUUUGCAUUUCUCAGGUCCCUAGCCUGAUAUUUUUACAUGUUUUUAUCUCACGAAGCUAUUACAAAAAUCAACUACAGAAGUUUCACUGGCUCAACAUUUCUUGCACAGCAAAUCCGAAGUAAUUAUCAAAAUGAUUAGGGGGUUCGUAGAUGAAGCAAGAAAUAACAUCUCGAAGAGUAAUCACUCCAA